AUAUACUGCUACAAUGAAAUCGUAAUAAAUUUUUCUAAUAUCUUAUAUCUUGAAGUUCUGAUUCUCUUAAAAAUAUUGAAAGAGAGAAAAUUCUUAAAAAAAAAAAUGAAGAACGUAAACCUAUUAAUAUUACGUCACUGUCUCACUGAUCUCUGAGAUUCUUCGUAACUCAAGAAAAAUUGUUAAAAUUCCAUGUUUUCCAUACGAGUAUUGAUCGAUCAUGUCACGCAAUUCAAGUUUGUGCUUUCAUUGUUCGCAAGAGAAAAAUAAUCUAUCCGCGAGUAAGGCAAAAAGAUCUGUCAAGAGCGAAUCAAUACUCCACCGUUUUGACAGAUUGAUUACGAAACACCUGGAGAUGCGAAAAAGCAAUGCACCUGGUAUUCAACAACCACCUGAUUCGCUUGCAAAAACUCUGACGACAAGCGUGAGCAAGGUCGACAUCGUGGAAGAGUUGAACAUUCCAGGUGAUAACGAGCUGAUCGAAGCCGCAGAAUAUUUGAUAAGAGCUGAGGAGGAUGCAAGAUUUGCUGAAAAAUUAGCCGCAGUAGAAGCUGCAGUUGCUGUAGUACCACCGGAAAUGGCUGAGGAAGCUGCACUCGCAGCUAGUAAGAAUUAUCAGACCGAAAAGAUUAGCAUGAUCAAGGAAAAAAUACCAGGUGAAACAGUGAUAGAAGUACUCGGUUAUGUUGGACUUACUAAACCAAAGGAAGAAGAUUCGCUUCGUAUCUGUUAAUGAAUCAAAUUAUCGAUUGAAUUUCGAUUAUCUUUUGUUUUUAUUAAUUUUUUGUUUUCCUUCUUUUAAAUAAUACACAUCGUUUUAAUUAAUUUCUCUAUCUUUACAUUGUAUAAUUACUUUCGUUCGAUAUUCGUUAAUAAAGAUAAACACACGUAUAUAACUGCACGAUAAUUAUUUUGAGGAAGCAUUUCUAUACUUAAUUAAAUAUUCCAAGAUUUGUUUGACAAUCGCUGAAUAAUUUAUCUUUCACGUUUUUCAUCGUUUCACAUCCACUAUCAUAGACCAUACAACAGUAUAAAAAAUAAAUGAAAGCUUGAUCUUAGUCACAAUGGUGUCUAAACUGUUAUUAAAGUUUCUUAAUUAAAUUCAUCAUUUUGUUAUAGAUCCUUUGCUUGGCAAAAGUCUUCCUCUGAUAUCUCCCCUUUUUCUCUUUCUUCUCAGAAUAGACUAGACAGCAUGAAAAAAGAAUGAUACGCUUUAUCGCGUAAUCCUUAUUUUUUAUUUAUGAAGAUUAACGAAUGAUUAAUGCUUCGGAAAAGUAAGCGGAAAAUUUGUUCAGACGAGCCUCUCGCUCGGAAUAAAUGAGAGAAAGCUUUCGUAAUUUCAGCAAAAAAGCUAACAACACUCGAAAGACUAGAUACUUAUAUUUUAUCCAGUAAAAAAGAACAAGAGGCUUGGUUUUUCUUUCAAAGCUCAUGGCCGACGAGCUAAGGAUGCACUAUCGUCCCUUUCUCUUUCACGUAGGACGAGGAAGUACAAUAAUGCCCACUGCAUAUUUUCUGCAUUCUUUUUUCCUCUUCCCCUUUCUCCUUCUCAUUCUCUCUCCUCCUCCUCCUCCUGUUAUACGAAAUAGCUAAGAACGAUAGACAAGAUUUUUUAUCGUUGAAAACUGGUACAAGUCAACGAUUUAUUUCUCGUAUUAUUACGUUGCUUGUGCAAUACACGCGAAAUACCUUUCACUAUUCUUCAAUACGCUCGACGAAAGAAUUUUCUCAAGAAUUUGCCACUUUAAAACUUAUAUUAGAUCGCGAAACUACUCCGAUCUUACUUUCUUUCGAAAAAUAACUACGUUACGCGCUUAAACAUUUCUC